AUGCACUCCAAAGUUGUGAUUAUAGGUUCAGGUCCGGCGGGACACACUGCAGCACUUUACUUGUCCCGAGCAACUCUAGAACCGGUUAUGUUUGAAGGACUUUUUGCGAACGGCUUUGCUCCCGGUGGUCAACUUACUACAACUACCGAUGUAGAAAAUUAUCCUGGCUUUCCUGAAGGAAUUAUGGGAGGGGAAAUGAUGGAUAAAUUUCGGGAACAAAGCAUUAGAUUUGGCACAAAAAUAAUCACUGAAACUGUAUCAAAAGUUGAUCUUUCAACGCGCCCAUUUAAAUUUUGGCGUGAAAAUCAUGAAGAUAAAGAGCCUGAUACUGCUGAUUCACUUAUUAUUGCAACAGGCGCAGCUGCAAAAAGAUUGAAUCUUCCUGGAGAAGAGAUAUAUUGGCAAAAAGGAAUCUCUGCAUGUGCUGUUUGUGAUGUAGUUGGUGGUGGUGAUUCUGCCGCUGAGGAAGCUACAUUUCUUACAAAAUUUGGAUCACAUGUAUUUGUAUUAGUUCGUCGAGACAAACUUCGAGCAUCAAAAGUGAUGGCGAAUCGAUUACUUUCAAAUCCAAAUAUUACAGUGCUUUGGAACACUAUUGCUAUUGAAUGCAAGGGUGAUGGAAAUGUACUAAAUCUUUUGAUUACGAAGAACACUAAAACCGGUGAAAUAAAAGAUUUGCCGAUAAAUGGUCUGUUUUAUGCAAUUGGUCAUGUACCAGCUACUGAUUUGGUUAAAGGACAAUUAAAGUUAGAUUCGGACGGUUACGUUAUCACUGAACCGGACAGUACUUGUACGAGCGUAGAUGGUGUUUUCGCUGCGGGUGACGUGAAAGACAAGAGAUACAGGCAGGCGGUCACAAGUGCAGGUUCUGGGUGUAUGGCUGCAUUAGAAUGCGAACGUUGGUUGAGCGAACAUUUACCAGAAUAA